AUAUAUAUAUAUAUAUAUAUAUACGCGCAUCUCAUCCCCUCCGCCAGCCAUGGUUGUUUCCUCUCCCAAGCCGGCCAGUGAUGCCUCUCAACAAUCCACCCCCCUCUUCCAUAACCCUUACAUCCGCCCCGCCUUACCCUUCAUCAAUGGCGGCUUAUCCGGUAUGACGGCAACGGCUGUCAUCCAGCCAAUUGACAUGGUAAAGGUGCGCCUGCAGCUCGCCGGCGAAGGUGCCCGGACAGGACCCCGUCCUACAGCGCUAGGCAUCACAAAACAGAUCAUAGCUUCAGGCAAAUUCCUAGACCUAUACACAGGUUUAUCGGCCGGCUUGCUUCGACAGGCCGUCUACACCACCGCCCGCCUGGGAUUUUUCGACACUUUUGCGAACUCCCUGAAAGCCCGCGCCGACGCCGCGGGGAAGAAAGUCACCUUUGCCGAACGCGCCGCAGCGGGAUUGGGAGCUGGUGGCCUGGCGGCCAUGAUCGGGAACCCCGCUGACCUAGCCCUAAUCCGUAUGCAGUCGGACGGCCUCAAACCAAAGGAAAGCAGAGCAAACUACCGCUCCGUCAUUGACGCUCUAGCCCGCAUUUCCAAGGCGGAGGGUAUCACUGCCCUCUGGGCCGGGGCCUUACCCACCGUGGUGCGCGCUAUGGCUCUGAACUUUGGGCAAUUGACUUUCUUCGCCGAGUCCAAGUCGCAGCUGCAGGCACACACGAACUUAUCGGCUCAGAACCGAACUUUCGCCGCCUCCGCCAUCGCGGGGUUCUUUGCCAGUUUCAUGUCCCUCCCCUUUGAUUUUAUCAAGACGCGAUUGCAAAAACAGCAGAAGGACCCAAAGACGGGCCAGCUUCCCUACAAGGGUGUCCUCGAUUGUGCAAAGAAGGUCAUUAGGGAUGAGGGCUGGUUGAGAUUCUAUCGCGGGUUUGGAACGUAUUACGUUCGAAUCGCACCGCACGCUAUGGUGACCCUUAUCGUCCUCGAUUACCUGAACAUUCUCACCCGGUAAAAAGCGACGCAAUUACAACAACAACAAUCGUAGUCGGGGUCGGGAUUGAACAAAAGUAGAACUCCUCUCGCCCGAUACCUACGCCGAUGGUGUUAGCCCCCGCGCCAUUCAUCUAUCCCCUUCGGAUCCGAAAACAUAAUAAUAGAAAUCAAAUCAAAUAAAAAUCAAAUCAAUUACCGAAAACGAACAGAAACCGUGCUUCCAUUCACCCAGAAGCUCGCGAAAGAAAAAGUCGCCUUUGCACCCUACAUCCCACCCCCCACCCCUUCAACGUUACCAACCAACAAUGAAAACGAAAUUUCAACAAAUUGAGCAACAAGAAAGAGGAUGAUAAAACACUAUCUGUGGGCGGUGUGGAGUCAUCAUUUGGAACUUAGGAAGUCAAGCGAAGCUCCGUACAUGCAAACUGUUGAUUUGUAGCAAUAGAUCUUAGCUUAUAUCCAUCCCAGCGUGCGUGUCUGUUAUGGUUUGUUUCUUACUUCAUAAAUAUACCAUUGCAGUGCAAUUGCAAUUCCAAAUGGCAAUUAUGAUACGAUACGGGUAUUGACUUGAUCAUUAUUGUAACCUUUUGUUAAGAUUGUCUGAAAUUCUUUUUCUUUCUUUUUUCCUUUUUUUGUGGGACAGAAUUCCGUGCGAUAUUGCGAACGUGUGAAUGCCAGUUUCAGUCAAUACCAUCAAGAUAUCAGAUAUCCAUUGUAUUUUCUUUGCCUUCUUUUUAUAUGUAUUUCCAAGCUCAACUGGCUAGCUAUAUAAAUUACUUCUCUCUUACUUUUAGUCUCUUUUGCAUUCUUACAGUGCCGUGCAACAAACGAAACACAGAAAGAAUAUAGAAAUAGUAUUAUUUCAAGAUAAAAUAUGUGAGAAAAAUAGAGAUGAAUGAUAACUCUAUAAAACUAUAACUUCUACUAAUUAUUAUGCAUUAAAUUAUCAUCAUCAACUUAAAAAAAUAAAUCAACUUUGCU